GUAGACCAAUCGAUAUGCGCAAGCACCAGCUUGGAUAUUUGGAUAAACGUGAAGAAAGAAGCAUGGCAGACAAACCGGAGGAGUUGCCACUAGAUCGGGUGCAGGUAAAGAAGGCUGUUCAAGCACUGCAGGCUUUCCUGAAGACCAAGUCCACCCCAGACUCUCUGCUCCUGGACGAGAGUCAACACCUCUCCCUCCUCUUCACACUAUGGAAGAUCCCCAAGCAGGCCCAGACCAUCCGCAUCCCCUUGCCUUAUGGCAUCCGCACCGACACAGACGAGGUGUGUCUCUUCACCAGAGACGAGCCCAACAUGACCCCUGACCAGACCCAGAGGUUCUACAAGAAACUCCUGGCAGAGAGAGGGGUCAAGAAUGUCACAGAGGUGAUCCCUUACAAGACGCUGAGGACCGAGUACAAGCCCUUUGAGGCCAAGCGACGGCUGCUGGGGAAUUUUGACAUGUUCCUUUCAGACGACCGCAUCCGCCGCCUGUUGUCCUCGCACAUCGGCAAGCACUUCUACGAGAGGAAGAAGGAGCCUUUGUCAGUGAACCUGCAGAGCAAGAAGCUGGCCUUGGACAUCCAGAGAACCAUCCAAGGAACAACAAUCUCAAUUUCUAAGAAAGGCUGCUGCUGCAUGGCUCGUGUGGCCCACUCUGGGAUGGCUGCAGAUGAAAUAGCAGAGAAUAUUGAUUCAGCUGUCAGCACCAUCGUGACGAAACUACGCAUGAAAGGACCAUUGAUAAAGAUUAUCCACCUGAAGAGCCAGUCAUCAGUGGCUCUGCCUAUCUACACCUCUAACCUGAGUAACCUGACCCUGAUAGAGGAAACACAGAAACAGGCACGCACAGCCAUGGACGCCAAGAAAAAUGCAAGUAAACAGAAGUCUGCAAAGAAGGAACAGAAGUAUACAGAAAAAAACUCAGGUGCUGAGGGGGAGGAAGAGAUUCCACAGCUGGUUCCAAUAGUAACGCCAAAGAAAAAGGCUAAACUGGAGAAGCCGACCAAGAAGGGACUUGCGAAGGUACCCAAACCAACAGGAGGAAAGAAAGGUAUAAAAGGAAAAAUUACCAAGAAGGUUGCAAAAAUACCCCCACAAAAUAUGAAAAGAAAAGUGCCUAAAUCUUAGUCUGUCAGCUCAAUGGAACACAACUCUCCUUUCUCUCAUUACUAUUUGUGCAUUACUCCCCCUUUCUCUACAUGACUUCGUCAUACUGAUAUAAAGGACUGGUUCUAAAUGUAUAUAACUGUUGACGUUUCAUUUUGUUGAAUUGAUCCAAGGACAAGCUCAAAUGAGUUGCAAAUUCUUUGUCUGCCCCAUAACAGGGGUUUGUUAAAUCAUAUUUUGUGUAAGCCCAACUUGUAAAUUAAAAUAAUUAAUAUUACCACAAA